AUGGCGUCCAGAAUAGGACCCCGGAGCGUCAAGGACGCUACCAGGUUCACUUCCACCAUACCCCACGCUACGUCAAAGUCUGCCACCUCUGCGGCCCCGAAGGCUUCCAGGAUCCCCGGCGAGACGCCCGAGCAACGAGUAAGGCGGUUGAGGCAGGCGCAUCUGGCGGCGCAAAAGGCACAGGUCAGCAAGGCGGACAGAGUCAUUGAUGCGUCAAGGCGGUUCUUCGAUGUGGCGCACAGGUGGACGGUGGGGGGGCUUGUCAUGUUUACAGUCGUCGCUGGUGUUGUAAGCGUAUACUCAGUCUGGGACAUGCUGCGCUACAACCGCGCCCGCCGCGCCGAAUGGAUAGAAGCCCAACGCAAAUUCGAGGCCGACGAGCUCUCCACCGCCCGUCUGGCGUACCUCAAGGGCGACGCCACCGAGGAGCAAAUCGCCCUCGUCGAGGAGGCCAACCGAGAGGCCGAGGAAAAGGGCAUCCGCCUGCCCCCCCUGCUAUCCCCGCCCGAGCACCGCACACACUUUGAGGAGCACGUCAAGACGGCUUUUGACGCUGGCAAGGCCACUGAGAGCAAGGGCAAGGGCCUCUUGGGCUUCCUUUGGGGAGGCAGCAACGCCGGCACGGAGAACAGCACAAGCGCCGCUGCUCAGUCGGUAGGAGACGCUGCAAAGGAUGCGUGGGAAAAGGAAAAACAAAAUCAGCAGAAUGGAGGCAGCUUAGAUCAGCUCGCCCUGGAGACUGGAAGCUCCGCCGCGCCAGAGCCCAAGAAGAAGGGAUGGUGGUGAGCUAAUGGACAGCAGUGAAAAGGAGGGGAGAGAGAAGAAGAGAGAAAAAAAACUAUAUAUCGUGUUAUUUGGAUAUUGGGGGGCGGCAGCCGUGUAUCAUACGACGUGUGGAUGGGCUUGCAUUAGAUGGAGUCGGGAGUCAUUUGUUGUAUGUACUAUAAGGGGACACACCUCCCAACUACUAUGUCUUAUGCAUCUGAAUUUGUUGGGCAUGCAGGACUAACGAAGAGAUGUAUGGGGAUUUAAAAUGGAAAUGGAAAUGGAAAUGCAGCCCCAAGGUUGAACACCGAAAAUUUGAAGAUGGCACCAGUAUUAUAAUAAUGUACUUUUAAUUAUUAGUCGGUC